AUGGAGCCCGCCAUACGCAGAAUCGACCUCGAGAUGGAAUCCGACAGUGCGAAAGCGCCCGCGUUGAAACGCAAGGGCUCGACGCUUCAGACUUCUGUUGAAGUCCUCAAGUGCAGAUUUGGGAAGCCAGCAGGCACACCGGAGGAACGCGGAGCUUUCAAACCAUCCAAGCAGUGGACGCCGAUAUAUUACGCCGUGUAUCAUCAACGCGAGGCCGCUCUAUCACAUUUCCUACGGACCGGCGGAUCACCAGACGACAUCACUGGCACCGGCCAACCACCACUGUGCAUUGCCUUUGCUAGCGGCUAUGUCGAAACUGCAAAGUCUCUCCUCGAAGCUGGUGCCGACGUAAACGCUACAAUCAAGAACACCGGCGAAACCGCUCUUCAUUUGGCCGUCAAGAAUGGACGAAACGACUUGGUCGAGCUCAUCAUUCCCUACGGAGCGAAUCUGGACCUUAAGACAUACGACACUGGCGAGACCCCUCUGCACUAUGCUGCAUCAAAGUCUGCAUCUUUGGCAAGCGCCAUGACAUUGAUCAAGCAUGGAGCCAGCUACGAUGUUCUCAACGUCAAGGGACAAACAGCAGCAGAAGCAGCUUUGAAGGCCAACAACAUCCAAGGUGCGGCGGCAAUCAUCAACGCUGCACGAGACAAGCGCGACGAGCUUGUCAAGGAAAAGGAGAUGCUGCUGAAGCACGUGGAAAACACUCAGGGUCGCUUCUCCAUUGGAAACGACCUCAUCGCAGAUAUCUUUGCUGCAGCCUGCGACCCCGAGUCGACGGUUCUUGUAGAGGCUAUCAAGAGGAACGAUGCAGCGCUUGUUGAAAUGCUCCUCGAGAAAGGCUCGGACCCGGAUCAAGAAACAACCAGCGGCCUCCGACCCAUUUUCGUAGCCCUAGACUGCGCCAGCGCACCAGUCGUCAACGCUCUCUUAAAACGAGGCAUCGACCUCAAGGUCCUUGACAAGAAACAGUCUACUGUACUUCAAGCUAUUUUCGAAAGCCCGUUGGCACAUGAACAAGAAACGUCCGCUUUAUUUGCAGCCCUGCUAGAGCAAGGUGCGGAUGCUGAUGUAAGGUACCCCGACGGCAAGACACUACUCCAUCACGCUGUAUCACCCAUCUUCGACAACACAAAGUACGCACAAUUGCUUAUUGACAACGGCCUCGAUGUUGAUGCGCAAGAUGAGGGUGGAAACACAGCGCUGCACCUUGCAACACACAGCAAGUCACGUGUGGAAAUGCUGUUGAAGAACAAAGCAAACCCACACCAAACCAACGUUGGAGGACUUACGCCUUUGCUCUAUGCUUCCACAUUCUGUAAGAAAGACAAAGAACCAGACCUGCUCUCAUUGGUCAAGGUGUCAGAUCGCAGCAAGACCAACGCCAACGAGCAGUCAGCCCUGCAUCUCGCUGCUGCAAACGGGUUGGAGAAGACAUUACGCUUGUUGCUAAGAGCUCGUCCGGACAUUGCGGUCGUUGACAAGGACAAGAACACGCCAUUGCUUCUUGCUGUUAAGAACCACCAAUGGGCUGUUGUUCCGCUCCUUGCGAUAGCUCCCAGCAUCAAUGCAUGGGGAACAGACGGCCUGAUCGCGCUACACCACAUUGCUACCAGCACCCCGACCGAACCUGAAACAUGGGCAGACAUCGCCGCAGCGACAUUUCCCUUUUGUCAACGGGGUGUAAGCAGGAGUAUGCGCGACCGAUCAGGAGCAACGUCACUUAUUUUGGCUGUCAAGACCCUCCCUGAGGAAGGACUUCCUGUCGUAGAAGCUCUACUAGUCCAGAAGAUGGACCGGCAAGCGAGCUGGAACUGCGCGGGCCACGAGGAUCACCAGAAGCGCGAGGCAUUGUACUACGCCGUCACACUAGGCAAGCCCGCAUUCGUGGAAGCAUUGCUCAAGAAUGGUGCUACGUUCAAUUUCGAAGACUGGACAUCCGAGACCGCCGAGAUGUCUCCCUCUGUGGAGACCAACAAGCAAAUCCUCAAAAUUUUCGCUCAGCACGAGUGGCAACGACGUGCCGCUCUGUUACGGAGAUUGCCGACCGAGGCCGACGAUGGACUAUUUUUCUUUUUCACGGCAUUUCCUAUCGCGAGCCUCAAGCAGAUGAUCUCAUUGGGUCUGGACAUCAAUGCUUUGCCCAAGUCGCCUAUGGGAUCAUCUUUGCUAUGGGCUUUCCUACGCCACAUCCCACUUCAACCACCUAUGUCACCAGAUUACUUGAUGGAAGGUCUCAAGACUAUCUUGGCAGCUGGAUCAGACCCAAAUGCGGAAUGGGUCCGCAGCUCAAGACGCUCGACUCCGCCGCAGUCACCAAACUCCUCCAGGAUCGGUCUUCCGUUGACACUACGUCCUCUCUCUUUCUUGCUCGAAGAGUGCCCAGGCAUUGACAUCGCUGCGGUGAAACUUAUGCUGACGCAAGGUGCGGACCUAUCCGUUGCAUCGCCGUUCUACGCUGGACGUUUUCCUCUUCAUUCUGCAGCAAAAGCCCGCCGAGUUAAUAUCGUAGAGGAGCUGUCACUGCAACGUGCCGACAUGAGCUGUGUCGACCAGUCUGGACGAACACCACUAUUCUACGCAGCUGAGGUUGGUGAUUGGGAGAUUACGGAUACCUUGCUGCGUCGCGGCGCCAAGGUAGACAUUCAAGACUCGACUAAGGACACUCCCUUGCACCUGGCAGCCGUCGGUGGAAGCAAGAGGGUCGUAGCCAUAUUGCUCCGUGAGGAAGCAAAGGCCAGCAUGAAGAACGUACAGGGUCUCACACCGCUAGAACGUGUGCCAGAGGACCUCGAAGAGCAAGAGAAGGAGAAGAUUGUAUCUAUGCUGAAAGAUGCCGAAGAGAAGGAGAAGAGAGAAGAAGAAUAUCAACGACGACGACAAGAACAAACUGCAGCGCUAGAAGCAGAAGUCAAACAAGCCCAUGAAGAGGCACUCGCAACAGAAAGGAGACAACAAGAGGAACACCGCAAGAAGGAGCAAGAAAAGGCAGAAGCCCUUCUCCAGGAGAAACACACAGAAGACCACGCCGCCACCGCCACCGAAACCCUCCAAACACCACCCCAGCUCAAAAACCGCAAAUCAUACUCCCUCUUCCGCAAAUCCUCCCUCUUCUUCUCCAAGUCCACAGGCACCAACACACCUGCCGACAACAGCGCCAAAAUGAGGAAAUCAUCAAUGCUUAGCCUACGCAUUACUUCAACACAAGAGCCCAACAAGCCCAUCCCCGCAAACCACCCCUCUCCCAACACUCCCGCGCUGCUGCUCGCAAGUCCAGACUUCUUCACGACGGACUUUUCCACCAAGAUGAGCCAGCGAUCAACUGCCGCGGUACCAACGACGCUGAAACGCCUUCCCACGCCUCGUGUGGACAGCGGACUGGAUUCAGGGCAAGCGGGACUAGUGGGUAGAGAAAAGGAUGACAAGACAGCGUUGGACCUGGCGGCUGUGAACGAGAAGUUAGCGAACCCGAGGGACAGUGGGCAUGAGUUCAAGGAUUGGCUUGCGCUGACUAGGAUGCUCGAUGUCGACGGUGUUUGA